AUGGAUAUUCCUGCCUCCCCCUCUCAUUCGGGACAGGCCAACAAAAGAAAGCGAGAGUCAUCAGAUUUUGAUGAGAAGCCAGCUGGAGCACCAGAAAGCUCCAAACAAGCUACUCGUUUCUCGAAACAAACGCCACCCAAGGGGGCAAAGACAUUUUCGAUUGAUAGUGCAUGUUCGUUCACCUGCGACUUCGCCGAAAUUCUGCAAGAAAAGCCCUCUUGGGCGUCCUCUGCUGUCGACCUCUUGAACCUCUAUCUCUGUCUGUGGGAGUGCUACAUGAUCAAGUCUGCCGGAAAAAUGCGCCUGGAAGAGGAGCGCCGCUUCCUGCAAAGCUCCAACGAAUGGCUGAUGAAAGAAAACGAAAAGCUUCAUCAAUGCUGUAAUAACCAGGAACUGCUGUUGUGGGAUCGUCGUCAGGCUUUUGUUUCGGUACACCAGGGAGUUCUCGCAACAUUGCAAAAUAGUGACAGACGGUUUCACCAGACAAGUGAGCUUCCGUGA